AUGGCCAAGAGCAAAGCGUUCCUUGGGCUGCUACAGCUGCUGCUCCUGCUCCUGCCGCCUUCCCUCCGCGACUACCUGUGGGCGGCGCCGAGCGAGCAUGGAGCGCGGCAGCAGCUCAAGGUCUACCACCCCAUACUUCUCCAAGCCGGCUUCAGCUGCUCCAGCAUGGAGGCGCGCCUCACCGACGCCUACACUCCGUCGCUACCGCGCUGCGGCGAGCUCAAGGGGAAGGGAUGGUUCCCGCUAUGGAACAUGACAGCGGACCUGGUCGACCAUGACUAUGUGCCGUGCUUCAAGGAGCAGAUGAGCCUUGUUUUCGACCCGGCCAUCAACGACUACGUGAACCAGCCCGGCGUCGAGACUCGCGUAACGAACUUCGGCUCCACGUAUGGAUUCGCCUGGAAGGACGACAGCUGCCCAUUAUGUUGUAACGUGAAGCUCCGCAAUGAACUGGAAGCACUUGGAUAUCGAGAUGGAGAUACCCUUUUCGGAGCUCCUUAUGAUAUACGGCAUGCUCCACCACGGCCUGGCCAGCCUUCCAAGGUGUACACGGAUUACUUUGCUCGUGUCAAGGAUCUGGUACAACACGCAAGUGAGAAGAAUGGAAACAAGACGGUUAUCUUGAUCGGGCAUAGCUUUGGCGCUAGGCUCCUGCUUGACUUCCUAAAUUCAACUCCCCUUCCAUGGAGGAAACAAUUCAUCAAGCACCUGGUUCUACUCUCGCCAACACCUACUAUAGGCUUCAUGCAGCCUCUCACGAACCUUGCCUGGGGACCAACCUGCAUUGUUAUGGAGAAUGUUCCGCGCCUUACUUUACGGCCGAUGUGGUGGUCAUUCCCAAGUUCCCUUCUAUCUCAGCCAUCCCCAGCGGUGUUUGGCCACGACCCGCUCAUAAUCACCAAAGACAGGAACUACUCUGCAUAUGAUUAUCAAGAUUUCCUUCCGGCACUCGGUUUCAGUAUGAAUGGAGUGUUGCCCUUUAAUAAAUGGUUGGAUAAGAGAGUUGAGGCACCAAUGGUGCCAACGACAUACCUCAGUGGUUUUGGGAUUGAAACGACGAAGCAGGUGGUAUUCUGGGAUGACAACUUCAAUGCCGAGCCAGAAAAUGUAUAUGGCGAUGGAGAUGGGGUUGUCAAUUGGAAUAGUGUGUUGGUAUUCGCCAAGGAACUCAAAAGGCAGCAUUCAGCGGAGAAUGUACUCUUUAAAUUCAUCAAGAUUCCUAAUGUUUCACAUAGUUAUAUUUCUAUUCAAGAGGAUUCGCUCAAGAUUGUUAUGGCUGAACUUUUAGAAAUUUUCGAAGCCAAAUCUUGA